AUGACGUCCACUUUCCACCCAUUCCCUCGACUACCAUUGGAGCUUCAAAGGCAGAUAUGGAGGUGCACUGUUGAGCCGCGCACCGUCGAAGUCCGUGUCGAACACUGGAAGCCUGAUCGGGAUCCCUUUUUGAUAUCGUCCACACCGGUGCCUGGACCGCUACAGUGCUGUAGAGAACACAGGCCACAGGGUCUGUACCUCAUCGACAAACUCGAUGUGACUGGCAUCUACGGACCUAGCAUCGAGCGGCGAUAUGUCUGGUUGAACUUUGACAUCGACAUGGUAGACAUUGGAAAUUCCUAUCUCAGUGCUUUCAAACCAAUCGCAUCAAAAAUCAAGCGACUUAAGUUUGAGCGCGAGAAUAGCAAUGAGGCUUGGUUCAAUACUGAGAAACGAGAACUCAAAGACUUUAAGAACGUAGAAGAAAUUCACGUGGUCUGUGCGGAUGGGUUUGAUCAGUGGGCCUUUUCUAUGUAUGAUAUUUCCUGGCCUUGCGCUGAUGACAAAAUACUCUUCCUCGAUCCAUCUGAGGGCCAAGUGGCGAAUGGUAUGGAAUUCGAGGGGGUAUGUAGACAGAUGUUAUUGGAUAGGCGUUUGGAACUCACUGGCGUAGCCUGGCACACCAGCGAUGAGGAGUCUGACAGUUGA